UAAAUAUCAUAAAACGGAAGCAGAAGAAAUAACAUUGAAAGAGAGAAUGAGAAAGAGUAAUAUUUUAAACGUAAAGGUUAGGUGUUAAAUUCUACUCAAAUCAAAUAAAAUAUUUAAUUAAAUAUAAAAAAAAGUUAAAGUAUUUACUUAGUUAUGUUUAUUCCAAAUUGUUUGUUUCGGUAUAAUUUUUGCAAAAUAUUAAAGAAUAUAUACUUGCGUAAAUAAGAAUAUUACUUUCAAAGUCGAAACAAUCAUAUAAACAUUGAUGUAGGAGCAUUAUAAAUUCAUAAUUUUAUUUUGUAUACUUUGUUUGAUAGAGAAAUGAACAUCUUUUUGCCCAUUAGCAGUUGGUAGAUAAUGGUAUUAUAUCAUGAGACGUAAUUUGAUAUGCCAGUUCUGUUAGAUGGGAACACUAUCUGCUUCGCAUGUAUAUACAAGUUUCCGGUGAACCAAAAUAAGAAGAGAAACCUUUGUUUGAGUUAAUGAAUUAAAAACUAUUUGAAAGUGAUCUGUGGAACAGUAUAAUUCAGAGAGAUGAGGACGGAAGUUACAGAGUCACAACCUUUCAAAAACUUAAAAGAAUUAUUCGAUAACGUGGGUAACUUGAAACCAUGGCCAGAAAUUGGAGAACUACGAGAUUCAACUGAUUAUGUGUACAGUGGUUUAGAAAUAAGCGCAGGAAGAACGCGGUUAGAAAAAUUGGAUAGAGAAGUACAUCCGAAAACGUUGCUCUGUCAUGAUAUGAAAGGUGGCUACCUAGAAGACAGAUUUAUAUAUGGAUCAGAAUCUUAUGAUUCUUACCUAUUUUAUCACUGGAGUGUUAUUGACACUUUUGUGUAUUUUAGUCAUCAUUUCAUAACUGUGCCCCCUUUUGGAUGGAUUAAUGCAGCACAUAAUCAUGGUGUAAAAGUUCUUGGUACUGUAAUUACGGAAAGAGAAGGUAUCUGGGAUGUUAUACUUGAAUCUCAUGAAGAAUUAAGAAGAUUUGCAGAUGCACUAAUACUUGUUGCAAAAUUUUAUAAGUUUGAUGGCUGGUUAUUAAAUAUUGAAAAUACCAUUAAAAGUGAGCAAGUUAAUAAUUUAAUUUAUUUUGUAAAAUAUCUAACAGAAAAUAUUCAUGAAGCAAUUAGAAAUUCUGAAAUUAUAUGGUACGAUAGCGUAACCAAUGAAGGAAAAUUAAAUUGGCAAAAUGAGCUUAACAGUAAAAACAUAGAUUUCUUUUUAAACUGCGAUGGCAUUUACUUGAAUUAUAACUGGACGAAAUCAAAAUUGGAAAACGGUUUGGCACUUGCAAAAAAUCACAGCAGAGAUAUUCAUGAUAUUUAUGUAGGACUUGAUAUUUGGGGAAGAUGUUGUCCUGGUGGUGGUGGAUUUAAUUCAACAUAUGUAAUUACAAUAUUACUUAUUUUAUUGUAGCAUAUAGUCAUUUAA